UUAUAAUGGUAUAGUUUAACAGAUAACGGACUAUUUUAUUGUUGGACAAUCAUGACUUCAGUACAGCUAUUUUCUUUCGCCUUUAUUUGCUUCACUUGCUUUUCAAAAGUGUUUUCUUGCGAAGAGUGUAAAACUGAAGUAGGGAUCCUGAAAUCAAAGAUCAAGGAACUGGAAAAUGUUAUCAACAUUUUAAAUAAAACUACCCUAAAAAGGAAUGAGCUGGAUUUGACGCCUUCAGAAGUUAGAAAGAGGGCGAUACCCGACGUAAAUGUGGCAUUUUCAGUUUCUCUUACAUCUGACCAGAACCACAUUGGACUUGCUCAGACGAUUAAAUUUGACAACGUUUUGUUGAAUGAUGGUCAAGGUUAUAACAAACAUUCUGGAGUAUUUGUAGCUCCGCAGGGUGGAGUGUACUUAUUCGCUUACAUAUUCUGUCACACCAACCCUAGUUCCUCGGUCAGUCAAACCUGGAUCGAGCUGAUGCACAAUGGUAAACGUAUAAAUUCGGGAGUUGGUGAUUCGAGGCAUAGCUGGCAAGACAUUCAAGGAACUAACAUCGCUAUCAUUCGAGUAAACGCUGGUGACAGCAUCUGGGUGCAGAAUUUCUAUGAGCACGACGCAAGUCUGUAUACUUUUGAAGGUGCCACUACAUUUUCUGGUUCCCUGCUUUAUGUUUGAAAUGAAAUACUGCUCAUCUUGCAGAUCCUAUGAAAAAUAAAAACUUCAGCAGCAGCAGCA